AUGACGACUAAAAACCCAGAUGAGCUCACUCUUGACUCUGACAACGAAACCAACAACGCUUCCCAUGGCCAAGACGAGAGCGCCGCUGUCGCCGCCGCAAUGGGCUUCUCCUCCUUCGGCAACCCGCACUACAUCGACCGUGAGGAAGCAACACCCCCCUGCAAAAAGCGCCGUUUCAAUCCGGGUGAAGCUGCUGGAGCGCAGAUAGCUGAAGAGAAACAGGGCCCAGUAACAGACCAGGGCGCUCAGGCUAGGGGGUUGGAAGAGGGAGGGGGAAGGAUAGGCUAUGCCGAUAGCGACGACGACGACGAUGAUAAUGAUGAUGAUGGCGGCGCAAAGCUCGAGGGGACGACUGCGUCAAAGAUUGGAGAGAACCAGCAGCGGCAGCAGGUCUGGCAACCUCAGCGUCAUCAGCAACAGUGGCAGCCUUACCCGUACCAACAAGGGCAGUACCAGUACCAUCCCCAGCAGUAUGGGCAACAACUUUGGCAGCAGCAGCAACAUGGUCAGGGGUAUCAGCAACAGCGUCUUCAGCAUCGACGAGGACAGCAUAAUCCGAAUUGGUAUAUCGAUUACUACGAUCCGAGCAGUAAUGCUAAUCCGUGGGAGAGGUUGGAGAAGAGGAAGGGGUUGGAGCCGGUUGGGUCGUGGCUCCGUUAA